AUGACCGACGUUGGCGCAUCACUCAGCACAGCGGGCCAGCCGGUCCUCGACAUCCACACCGAUCCCGACUCGACCGCGAGCGCCGGUACGGGCGGAGGUCAACACGACCAGGCUGAGAAAAAGAAGAAAUAUCAAUUUCGAUAUACAACACUUCAGGGAUAUUUCCUGCAAGAUGAUCUGCGCACGAAGGCGGCCGAGUUCGACUUCAUGAAAACCAACUUUGGGUUGAUCCAGCGACCGUAUGAUUCGGAUGAGACUCUCCCCGACCGCGGCCAAGGCAUGACGGCCUGGCAGAGAUUCGAACACCACAUCACCUCGCUCAACGAUGCCGCCGGACGCAAAAGACACGGGACUGGUGGGAACGUCAUUACGCAGUACAAACUCCUCUUCCUAGCACGGCAUGGAAACGGUUACCAUAACAUCGCAGAACGGUAUUACGGCGGUGAGGCAUGGGACUGCUACUACUCGAUGCUGGACGGCGACCCAGACGGUGUCACCAGCUGGUCUGAUGCCCACUUGAGCAAGGAAGGCCGUCGACAGGCCAAGGAGGUCAAUGACUUUUGGAGAUCGCAGCUGGCUGAGCAGAAAAUGAGUCUUCCGCAGUCAUACUACGUGAGCCCGCUCGAUCGAGCGCUGGAGACGGCCGAGAUCACAUUUGACGGCUUGCUGCCCUUUUUCAACCCGACUGUGAUAGAACGCCUGCGUGAAGGCACCGGAAUCCAUACUUGCGACCGUCGCAGUGUCGUCUCGUAUAUCCGUCAACGCUAUCCCGAUUAUAUCGUCACCCGUGACCCGUUCCUCACCGAGACGGAUCAGUUCUGGGAUGCGGAGCUUCGCGAGACAGACGACGCCCUAGCAAUCCGUCUGGGCAAGCUGUUGGACCAGGUCAUGGUGGAUGAGAUCGGCGAACGGAUCAGUUUCACAAGUCACUCUGGAGCUAUUGGUGCCAUCCUCCACGUUUUGGGCCAUCGACAGUUCUCGCUUGGUACGGGAGCCGUGAUCCCGGUCUUUGUACGCGUCGACAAGGUCGCUGUCGACGCCGAUGGCCGAGAUCGUCUGUCAAGAAGACACGGAGGGAAAGCUGAAGGUGGCAAACCCGCUCAAUCGCAAACCAGUGACAAUGUCGAGAAGAAUGAAGAGUACGAUGACAACCAGCCCUUUCCACCGAAACCUGACCUGGAAGAAGAGGACGACAAAUCGAGCUGGCAACCCAAACCUCCGUGUCCCCCGGGGCUGGAUCUCGCGAACGUUGGCCUGAAGCGCUGGGGCCUGAGUCUGAAGGACUUCCUCACCGGGGUGGAGAACGGGACUGUGAAGCUCGAGGAAGUUGCUUUUCGAUAUGCUGCAUAA